AGGAGCAAUGCAAACGAAGGAUAUUUCAAGAGAUGAUAUAAUUAAUUAUCGCAAUGUUAAACCAGCAGAAUUGAAUAACAAUCAUCAUGUGGUUCCUAUUGGCAUAAUUAUAGUGCUUUGCACGGUUUAUCUGAUGAUUGCGGGAGUACAAAACAACUACAAUUAUUACCUAAAACCAGGAGUAGCUGCCGUAAAGCUAAAUCAACAAAAUGCCAACGACCAACUGCAUCAUUUACUCGCAAACGGAAAGGAGGAGCAGCCCGUGUGCAGAGAGGUUGAAGUAUUCAACAAGGAGGAGUUUACCUUAAAGGAAGUCAAACAAUCCAAAAGGCAGCAGUUAGUCAAUAUCAAAAGACACAAACAGCAAAUCAAAUCCAUUAAAUCAACUGGCAGACAAUCAAAAUCCGAGCUGCAGAGAAAAAAGGAUAAGAAGCCAAAUACAGCUGAGCCCAUAAUUUAUCUAUUCGCCUUGGUGUUUAUAUAUCUACUGCUAAAAGCGGCCUCCGACAUAAAUCAGCAUUAUAAAACGCAGAGCAAAGGCGAUAAACGACUUCGUCGCUGCUCCCUUCAAUCCUACGCGCAGAAGGAGCAAAGGCACAAUCAUCAAGAUCGGCGCGCUUCAAAAGAUGUUCUUCCAUUGCAAACGAGACACAACAUAUUUAUAGAGGGACGUUCCAUAUCGCUGGAUCGUUAUAAGGCCAAAGAGCAGACAGCCAGGGAUCUGGUGAAGAGAACCUAUCCAAGCAAACCCAUCCAUCCAGCCAUAGGCAAACAUCUUCCCGGCGAUGUCCAUUUGGAGCCGCGAAUGAGUCGUCGCCUUUCGGUGCCCGUCAGCAUUAACUAUCAAAUGGUGCAGGUAUCGCCGCUAGUGAAUCCCGAACUGGUCAGACGCGGCUCCAUGGCCGAGAUGAUUCUGCCCGCGACAGCUCCAAGUGUGCAGACACCCGACUCGAAGCGGCGGGUGCGCAUGAUAAACCGCCACUAAAAUAAUUUCACUAUGCUAAAUAUAUA